AUGGGCAAUAAAAGGGAAGCUACCAGUGUUGUUACAUCCACUUUAACGGGUUUAAUUGAUGACAAUUUUAAUGAGAAUGAAGAAAACGUGUCUGGUAGUGAUGUAUCUAGUAGUGAAGUGUCUGGUAGUGAUAGUGAUACAUCUAAAAGAGUUUCUUUAGAUGGUUUAAACAUGGAUGGUAUAGAAGUAGAUGAACUGUGUGAUAGUGAUGAUUCUGGGAGGUUAGAUAGUGCACAUAGAUCUGACUCAGAUGGCCAAAAUUGGCCUGAUUUCAACUUAGAGAAUGACAUGAGUAAUCCUAGACUUAAGGUAUGCAAAGAUAGCUAUAAGGCUGGUUGUAGGAGGAUAGUAGGUUUAGAUGGAUGUUUCUUGAAGGGUUACUAUGGUGGCUACUUGCUUGCAGCUGUUGGGAUAGAUGCAAAUAAUGGCAUCUAUCCACUUGUAUAUGCUGCUGUCGAAAGUGAAAACCAAGCAUCAUGGCUUUGGUUCUUGGAGUUGCUUGCAAUGGACUUAGAAAUUGUGAGCUCGUACCACAUAUUUUUCAUGUCUGACAAACAAAAGGGACUUUUGGAAGCAAUAUGUAUGUUGUUUCUUAAUGCAGAAACAAGACACUGUGUUAGACACCUACAUUCUAAUUUCAAGAAUGCUGGUUUCCGAACAAAGGAGUUGAAAGAUUUGCUUUGGAAAGUUGCCAGAGCAAGCACUACAAGAGAGUUCGAUGAUGCCAUGGAUGAACUGAGAAAAACCAAUCACCAUGCAUAUGACUGGUUGAAGAAGAAAAACCCUACUCACUGGUCAAGGUCCCACUUCUCAAUUAGGAGCCAUUUUGACAUGUUGGUGAAUAAUCUAUCUGAAUCAUUUAACAAGAUGAUAUUGGAAGCAAGAGGUAAACCUAUUCUAACCAUGAUGGAAACAGUAAGGACCAAGAUUAUGUUACUUAUUGUCAAGAAGAAAGAAGAAGCUGACAAAUGGAAAGGAACUUUGUGUCCAAAGAUUAAGAAAAAGCUGGAUGUAAAUAUAAAAGAUUCAUUAAGGUGUGUUCCAUCACAUGCUGGUGGGGACAAGUAUCAGGUUGAAUGUGGUCCAGGCAAAAAGCAUGUGGUGGACUUAGUUCAGAAUUCCUGCUCCUGUAGGAAUUGGGAUCUCACUGGCAUCCCUUGCAUGCAUGCAUUAGCUGUCAUUCAUGUAAAAAAUAAGUUCCCAGAGACCUAUGUACAAACCUGGCACACCAAGCAAACCCAGAUUCAAAUUUACUCCAACUUUGUAAGUCCAGUAAGGAGUCCUAAACAAUGGGUCUCUUUGUCAAACAUGCAACCAAUACUACCUCCUCCACUAAGAAAGCCACCUGGAAGACCUACUAAAGUGAGAAGGAAAGAACCUGAUGAACAAUAA